GCGUCUUGGCCCACGUCAGGAGCAGCCUGCCAGACGCCGAGGACGUGGACAGGGUGGAGCGGUGCCUCGAGGCGCUGCGGGGCGCGCUGCUGCACGGCGCCCGCCACGACCGCGUCGCGGCCUCGCGGGUGUUGAUGCUCGGCAGCCGGAAGAACGGUUUCGCCGUCAAGGGUUCGGACCUGGACGCCACCUGCCUGCAGCUCACCACUGGUGGCGAGAAGGACGGGAGGUCCGAGGCGCAGCGGUGCCUGGAGCAGAUGGAGGAGCUCUUGGCGCGACACGCGGGCGUCGAGGUGACAGGACGAGUAUUCGGAGCGCGUAUCCCGAUCCUGAGGUUGCGCUUCGAAGGGCGGCUGGACGUCGACCUCUCCGCCCAGAACGUGGAGCCGCUGCGCAACACGGCGCUGCUGGCCGCGUACUCCAGCCUAGGUCACGGGGCCGUGCGAGACCUCGGCGUGGCUGUGAAGUUGUGGUCCAAGGCGGCGGGCGUCAGCG